CUUGCGCUCCGGGCCUAGUCCUCCCUCCGGAAGGCGAAUUGGAUAGCCUUGUUUGAAAUUGGGAGUGGAGUGAGGAGGGGUUAGUGAGUCUUAUCUAUCCGUUGGGAGUUGGGGGGGUGUUUUUGUUACAAGGGAAGCAAUGCUGCCCAAAGCUUCAGCUCCGGUACUAAACUUGAAUUUGAAUUUGACCUCAAAAUGCUUCCAACUGGAAUCCGUCUCCCUCUCCACUCGACCGCAACGCCGCCGCUUUUUCAGUUUUACCGCCGCCAGUAAUUUGGCAAGUGGCCGAUAUUAUAAUUAUAAAGCCACGCCGCCUUUUGCCAUGGACAUGGACAUACACAUAGACAUCCCUGAAGAUGCAGAUGGGGAUUGCCAAGAAGAACCGAUUCACGCCCAAAAUGGAGAAGCUGACCCCCCUCCUGCAGCACAUUUUGGAAGAUUGAAACCCCAGAGAGUGAGAGCUCUUGCAAUAAAAGCCUCUCGGAGGAGGCAAGAAACAGAUGCACAAGUUCAUCACAAACCAGGUCCAGUUGUAGAGGACACACAUUCUAAACUUGAAUCCACAUCUACUGCCUUUACACAUCAACCACGCGCUUCUCAGUUGCAACCGACCAGUUCUGCCGUGACUAGGAGGAAAAAUGUCUCAGUCUCACACAAUGAACUUAGUCCAGAUAAACCUCAAACCAGGCUGAUUAAGAAAGCCUCCCAAAAAGAAGAAGCUUCCUUAAGAGGAUGGAGGAGUGGAAGGUCCAGGUCCAUCCAUAGCUUAAACUCUGAAUUGCCAGACCCAAUGCUGCUGCGGAAUCAGAGGAAAUUCUCCACAAACACUGACUUUUUUAGCUGGAAAUCCUUUAGGGAUUUGGGUUUCAGCGACUUCAUGAUUGAAUGUCUAAGGAAGCAGCUUUUCCACCGCCCAUCACAUAUUCAGGCCAUGGCAUUUGAACCUGUUGUAAAGGGAAAGACCUGUAUCUUAGCUGACCAGAGUGGAUCAGGAAAGACUUUAGCAUAUCUGGCUCCUGUAAUUCAGCGUUUAAGGCAAGAAGAAGUUCAAGGACUUAGCAUCUCCUUAUCACAGAGUCCUCGAGUAAUUAUAUUAGUACCAACUGCAGAAUUGGCUUCUCAGGUUUUGGAUAAUUGCCGAUCAAUGUCAAAAUGUGGGGUUCCAUUCAGGUCUAUGGUUGCAACGGGUGGUUUUCGACAGAGAACUCAACUAGAAAAUUUGCAACAAGGUGUUGAUGUUCUUAUAGCAACACCUGGUCGAUUUAUGUUCCUAAUCAAAGAGGGAUUCUUGCAGUUGGAAAAUCUAAGAUGCACUGUGUUGGAUGAGGUAGAUGUACUCUUUAACGAUGAGGAUUUUGAAUUAGCACUGCAAAGUUUGAUAAACUCCUCAGCUGUUAGCACACAGUAUCUAUUUGUGACUGCAACUUUACCUGUCGAUAUUUACAAUAAGUUAGUUGAAGUUUUUCCUGAUUGUGAGGUGAUAAUGGGACCUGGGGUGCACCGUACAAGCCCCGGCCUUGAAGAGGUUCUAGUGGAUUGCAGUGGAAAUGAUGAGAUUGAGAAAACUCCAGAGACAGCAUUUCUGAAUAAGAAAUCUGCACUCUUGGAGAUUGUGGAGGGAAGUUCAGUUCCAAAAACAAUUGUUUUCUGCAACAAGUUUUUCAUUUCUAAUAUGCAGAUUGAGACAUGUAGAAAGGUAGAGAAUGCAUUAAAACGUUUUGAUAAAAGAGGAACAUCUGUGCGAGUUCUACCUUUCCAUGCUGCUGUGGCUCAGGAAUCGCGACUUGCAAAUAUGAAGGAAUUCACCAACCCUGGUCAGGAUAAAGUGUGUCAGUUUCUAGUUUGUACGGACAGAGCAUCACGUGGAAUGGACUUCUCAUGUGGUGUGGAUCAUGUUAUACUCUUUGACUUCCCACGUGAUCCAAGUGAGUACGUGCGACGUGUUGGAAGAACUGCCAGAGGCGCUGGAGGGAAAGGGAAGGCAUUUAUGUUGGUGGUAGGCAAACAAGUUUCCCUUGCUCGACGGAUUGUGGAGAGGAACCGAAAAGGACACCCACUGCACGACGUCCCAUCUGUUUGAGCUAUUUUUAAAAGCUUUUAAUUGUCUCCCCGCCAGUAAUUGUAUAAAUAUGAUUCCCAAGUUUUUGGCUUUGACAAGUCCAUCCAAUUCACAACCAGCGAUCCACACGACUCAUUUAUAGAAACUAAAGUUAUUACCAUCCGUAUAUAUUUUUGGUUUUUUUUUUUUUGGGAAUUGUAUCCAUAUGUGUAUUGUAUUUACUUUAUAGCAGCUAGUUGAUGAAAUUAAACUUUGCUA